AUGUCAGACUCGAUUCCACCCUCGCUGCUAGCAAUCGAAGCUCUAGAGCCAUAUACUCUGACCAACUCUCCCAAACGGGUUCCUCAACUACCAAACAACCACCUGCAGUCUCACCCUCCAGCCACCAAACAACAAGGUUCCUCCCAUUUCCCUCCCCAAGCAUCUCUCUGCCCUGAGACCGGAGCUAUGCAAAGCUAUACGGAGAAAUAUACUGGGGGCAAGGAGCUGGCGACAGGAGCAUACGAGAAAGAAGGGGACAUGGAAGAAUUGAUCCUGCAAUUGCGAAUCCGGGUCGCAGUUCUAGAGAACGAACUAAAGCAUAAGGAGCGUGAGAGGGAUGAGGCAGUCAGUGCGUGUGGCACUGUUGUGCGGUAUUUGGGCUCUAGUUCUGGCCUUAUGAGUGGAAGUGGGGGGACCGUCAUGGAAGAUGAGAUCCCUGCUCGAGAUGACAAGUUGGAGAGGUUGGAACAGGAGGUUCAGAAAUUGAAGAGAGAGAAUGCCGUUCUUUGGGCGAGAAUUGAGAGUCGAGAGCUGGGUCGAGAUGUUGCUCAUUUAGGUGCUGCAGUCCUGGGCUUGGAGACCACAGGACAAAGUUGUGUGAAGGAGGACUCAAUCCCAAACCAGGUUUCAGGUGAAGCGAAAGGGAAGGGUAAGAUGGUGGACGCAGAUGGAUGUUCUCGUAAUAUGGAACUCGUCAGCAGAGAUCGAGCCUUCGGCCUCUCACCGCAACACCCCAAGAAUCAAGGAGCGGAAACGAUCUUGACAACACCAACGAAGCUAGAGAAAAGCACCUCUUCUUUUGAUCGACAGAAGGUGCGAUUUACCUCUGACGAUGUCGACCUCGCAACAGCGGCCUGGGGUAAGAGUAUGGUUUCCGGAAGCACCACGGUUCCCAACUCGCCUGUUCCUCCCGCAGUGAGUUCGUCCUAUGCACCUUUCUCGUCCAAAGACGUAGGCUUUCAAUCUCUGGAUGAGAUUCUUGGCCCUGAGGGAUCAGACCAACCACCUCCCCCUGGUCCCAUCACAGCUCCCAUCCAAGCACCCCAGGUCUUGGAGGAGGGACCUGGUAUUGAUGAGGAAGUCGAGGAACAAAUGAAAGCCAUGACAUCUCUUGAGGACCUUCCCAUUCCAACCGUCUUGAAGACAGGCUUUGACUUGAAAGGAAGUUUCAGGGGUCAGGAUUACGACUAUUCUCUGGCCCCAAGGGAUUAUAAGAACUUCAACCGGUUUACUUCUAGCCAUGAUUCGAGAUCCUCCCACAGCCGUCAUAUUUCUAUGUCCAACUCGUCAUUUGAGACGCCAAAAACUUUUAACGGUGUAGAAGACAUCUGGUCCUCGCCAAAAGAACGCGAGGCAGCUAUUAAUAUCUACCUCCGACACUCUGACCCGAGAGACCGCGGCAAAUUCGCAGAUUUCUUCCAAUAUGGCAUCUGUUAUGUACCUUCUGGAGCGGAUUCGAACCAUUUCCGCACUAUCCUCAUCUCCAACCUGCCCAUGGAUACAGAGUUGAGAGACGUCCUUGCCCGGGUCCGAGGAGGUGAGAUUGUGAGCGCCAAUCUCUUGGAUACCGAGAAAUUGACAGGCAGCAAGACAGCCCUGGUACAAUUUCUAAACGAUGACGCGGUGGAGGCGUAUCUCUUCUAUACCCAAACCCAUGCAGUCCGUUUCGGUUCCUCGAAGCAAAAAGCCCAUAUCACGCUCGUGACAACACCAACCUGGCCACUCACAGCCGGCACGCUUCGUUGCAUGAUCCAACUGGGACAGACACGCUGUCUGGCAAUCCCCAACUUCUCCUACUCCUCCUAUUCGCUUGAUGCUCUGAAGCGUGAUCUCGAGUUCUAUCCUGGCUUUCAUGGACGAGCGAUCGUGGAUUUGUGGCUCGAUGAGCAGCAGACUCUGCAUCUGCAGUACGCGAGCGUGCGUACGGCAGGCUCUGCAUAUGGGAUCCUAUCGAGUUGGAACGUGUACCGCCAGCUGAAACUGGAGGUUUUCUUCACUCCUGAUCCUUGCGCGGGAUCGGUGGAGGAACUUGAGCUUCCUCUCCCGCAACGAUCGCCUAUGCUAUUGUACACUGACUUGCCUUCCCCUGGAAAUCUGCGGACUGAAUCACGUUCUGAGAGACAGGGUGGAGAGCGCGUGAGCGAGGGAGUGCUCGGUGAUGAGAGAAAGAAAUCAGCAGCUCUCGCGAACCAAAGAGUUGAAAUCCCUAGCUUCGCUGGUGAGCGAUUCACAUCCUCUUCAUGGGCAGAUGAGGUGAUUGAAGAAGCGGAAGGUGAUUCUGGGGAUACUCUUCUCCCUCUCGACCAGCCUAUCGAAUAUCCCGCCCUCCUUCCUAACACUUCUGCUCAGCCUUUUGGUGAAAAAUGGAGUGCGCAAAAUGCGGUAGGGCAGACGGUCAUGAUGGAAAACCUUAACCAGGUUAUGGCUUCCAAGGAGCACGGUUUCCGCAAACCACCCAUUGGGCUCGCGGGGUCCAAAUACGCAUCUCUCGUCCCGGGAUUCGAGGAUCUGCCGUCUGUUCCCCAGGCGAAGAAGCUUCCCAUUGGUAUGGCAUUGAGCUCGGAUUCUGAAGAGAGUCCCACUUCGAAGGAUAAUGAGAAAUCCGACACAAAGAAUGCUGGAGCAGCAGGUGUGCAACCACGAGCAGCAUUCCCAAGAUCUACUAUCUCAUCCUCACCAGUUGAGCAACAAGGUCAGACCGCCGAAGAUUCGGGACUGCGAACCCCACCGCGAGUAAAUCUCGAAUCUCUCCUUCAGAGCUCGCCCUCCGCUUCCCUCCCCAGCCCCAGCAAGCCCUGGGCCUCCCAAUUUUCUUCUUUCACUCACGGUAUUCCCAAGCAUCAAGCCUCCACCCUCUCUGUAUCCAAGAAAGAAGAGCAUCAGGGGACGCACAGAUCUCAUGCUGAAUUGAACACCCGAGAUAUGUCGAAGGCUGGUCGUGUACCUGACGCAGAUGUUCCAGAAUUCACACUGCCCAGUCCGAUUUCUCCCUUUGUCUCAUCACGACGACCUACGGGCAUGCACCCAGGAAUGCAUAAUUCAAAGAAUGAGCACUUCAUCCUAGCCGUGCAGAAGCUAGAAGAUCCUUUCACCGGCCCGUUUAAUCACCCGAAGUUGGGUAUGAAUUCGAAGCAGGAUGAGGUUGGGGUGCGUAAUCCGGAUGAGAUUGCUCUCGAUAUGGAUGGUGCUUGCGAAUGA